AUGUACAACUCGAUGUUGAAGGUAUUUACAGAGAGGCGGCAUGCUUGCGCACGAGAGAAGAGAGUGCUAUUAUUGUGGAAAGCUUCCGAAUCAACGUGUAUGUCGCAUAAACGGGCAAUGCGAUGUGUUACAGGUGACAGUAAUGGAACGUUGAUACGAAUCGUUGAAUGCUGUGAUGGAUAUCACACAUCAGAUAUCAAGAAAGGAUGUACUCCAUACGAUGCGCCAGAGACUUUGAAUGAAUUGUUGUACGGGAAGAAUGUCUGUAUAGAAACACUGGAACCAAGCGAUACCAAAUUUACAACCUUACUAGUGUUACAGUUUCUGAAUAUCUGCUAUUUCGCCUCAAGUAUUGAUUUUAUAGAACGAUACAACAGGAAUUGGAACGAGUACAUCCUAGAACAACCAUAUCAUACCUAUGAAAUGUUGAACUCUCAAAAAUUGCCUACACGUAAACCAGGAGCAUUCAUUAUUAUAUCAAGAAAUCCCGAACGAACAGGUUUAGAUAAUAAACCUCUUCUUAACUGUAUCGAAAUAGUAGAUGAAGAUCUGGAAUGUAGAAAUGGUACAGUGCAACUGCUAAGCGCACCGUUACCUAAGACGACAAUGCAAACACUUCUUGACAUUAUCACAAAUGAUCCAAAUUUUUCUGUUUUUAGUGCUUCAACGAAACAUUUACGGCACUAUCAUCAUCAAACACGUAUGCAUCAAAGGAAAGGAUGCGCGAGAGAAUUGAUCAAGGAACAUAUAUACGAUGGCAUGUUAUGUUCACUAUUCAAGGAAAAUCAUAUAACAUCAAUUACUGGUAUCAAGCAUCGCUUUUAUAAACAGAGAGACGGAAAUAACACGGAAUGGAUUCGUCUGGAUAAUGGUCGGAUUUUGAAUACUGAUCGAGUGGCUUCAAAUGGCGUCAUCCAUGUCAUUGACGACAUAAUACUUCGAGAACAAUCUGCAACAGAUUGGCGUGAUCACUUAGAGCUUCCCAGUCGAGAAUUCCUGGAAAUCCUUGAGCGCAAUAUUGGUUAUGAAUAUGAGCCAGUGGCUAUAUUUGUACCACCUGAUGAUUCUUUCCGAAAUAUGACAGAUGAGAAAUCAUUUGUCAUGAAUCAUAUUGCCAUAAACGACUCACACAUCACAAAUAAACUGAUCGAAACAGCAUAUGGUUCAAAGAUUCCCUCAUCGGUGAAUUCUCCGAGGCCGGUCUUCGGAUGCGCAAAAGCAAUAAAGCCAUCUACGAAGUACUGCAACACGACCAUUUAUUCCAUUGAUGCUCCUUUACCAAAGACUAUGCAUACACUGGAAGAGUUGAUAACUGGCCGACGUGAGUUUUCUGUAUUCGCUUCCUUACUCAAUGACAGUAAUAUCAAUCUGGAGACCAAUCGACUGUACACCGUUUUCCUACCUUCCAAUGAUGCAUUGUCGAAUAAUCAAGUUCGAGCAUUAAAGAUGAACAAAAUGCUGGUAACUAAUUUCGUGGGCAGACAUAUUUUUGAGGGACUGUUGUGUUCGAAGAAUCUCCAGGUAAGGACGAGUGAAGGAGAGCUUCCUGUAGUUUUGAAAAAUAUUAGAGGUGAAUAUUACGACGGUCGUAGAGUAGGCAAGAAGACAACACUUGGUGAUAUUGAUUUACAGGAUAUGGAUAUGCUUGCUAGGAACGGUAUCUUACACACACUCGAGAGUCCAUUGGAAAGUCAAACAUCACGCGAACAUCAAACACUAUGCUCGGUUUUUGAUUUCAUUUAACUUUCAUUUUUUAUUAUAUUCCGGUUCUGAUAAAUAAAAAAGAAAACAAAUGAUAUCGUGACAGCUUUGCACAUGAAAGUGGCGUGAUAGCAUACAGUAGUGAUUUACUUCAAUAAUCAAAUGCUCAAAUAUGGAAAAAGAAAAAAGCAUAGAUAAAGUAAGUCAGUUGGAAUUUAGCACAAUUAUGACAUGCCUCUAAUUAAUGCAUUGGUCAGUAAAGAUGUGAUGGAGGCGAGUAAGUCAUGCAAGCAUCUCGACUAUGGAGUUCAACACACAUUCAAACGUCAACAAGUAACAUUCAUACUUCUCCAAAUGAAUGCUAGCCUAAGCAAGGCUUUCUGACAACUCGUACCUGCAUGUUCGCAUACGCUUAUUCAACUGUUGCAAACUGAAA